UUAUACUCCACACCUGUGUCGGCAAACACACACUCACACUUCCACUUCACUCACUCUCAAAAACAUGGCUUCACCAAUACUGCUUUUUCUCUUCUCUAUCUUUCUCUACAGUUUUCCUCAUCUGAUCCAAUCACUUUCCGCCGAUCAGACGGUCCAGACCUUCAUCAUCAGAGUGGACUCUCAAUCCAAGCCGUCUGUUUUCCCCACCCAAUACCACUGGUACGCGUCCGAGUUCGCCGACCCGCCCCGGAUCCUCCACACGUACGACACCGUCUUCCAUGGCUUCUCCGCCUCUCUCACGCAAAGCGAAGCCGAUACGAUCGGCAAAAACCCCUCAGUCCUCGCCGUGUUCGAGGACCGCCGUCGCGAGCUUCACACCACUCGGUCUCCUCAGUUUCUUGGCCUCAGAAACCAGCGCGGUCUCUGGUCCGAUUCGGAUUAUGGCUCCGAUGUCAUUAUCGGUCUUCUCGAUACUGGAAUCUGGCCGGAGCGACGAAGCUUUUCCGAUAGGAAUCUCGGUCCGGUUCCGUCUCGGUGGAAGGGAGCUUGUCAGGCCGGAGAGAAAUUCACGGUUCAAAACUGUAACCGGAAGUUGAUCGGAGCUAAGUUUUUCUCCAAAGGUCAUGAUGCUUCGGCGAGUGUUGGUGGUCCGAUGGUGAGCAACGGUACGGUUGAGUACCGGUCUCCGAGAGAUGCCGAUGGGCAUGGUACACAUACCGCUUCCACCGCCGCCGGGAGGUACGUUUUUCAGGCGAACAUGUCAGGUUACGCUUCUGGAAUCGCUAAAGGUGUGGCUCCGAAAGCUCGUUUGGCGGUGUACAAAGUUUGCUGGAAGAACUCAGGUUGCUUCGAUUCCGAUAUUCUCUCCGCCUUCGACGCCGCCGUUAAGGACGGCGUUGAUGUAAUCUCGAUCUCAAUCGGAGGCAGCGACGGCGUUUCAUCACCUUACUAUCUCGACCCGAUCGCAAUCGGAUCUUACGGCGCCGUUUCGCGAGGAAUCUUCGUGUCCUCAUCGGCCGGGAACGGUGGCCCCGACGUAAUGACAGUGACAAACCUCGCUCCCUGGCUCACCACAGUCGGCGCCGGCACAAUUGACCGGAAUUUCCCCGCCGUUAUCAAACUCGGUAACGGCAAGCAAUUCUCCGGAGUAUCGCUCUACGCCGGAGCUCCAAUUCACGGCAAAAUGUAUCCUCUGGUCUAUCCCGGAAAGUCAGGGGUCUUAGCUGCUUCUCUAUGCAUGGAAAACUCAUUGGAUCCAAACGUCGUCAGGGGCAAAAUCGUAAUUUGCGACAGAGGAAGUAGUGCGAGAGUAGCCAAAGGACUGGAGGUGAAGAAAGCCGGCGGCGUCGGAAUGAUACUCGCCAACGGAAUGUCCGCCGGCGAAGGCUUAGUCGGCGACGCUCACAUUCUUCCGGCUUGCUCAAUCGGCGUCAACGAAGGCGAUCUCGUCAAGAAAUACCUCUCAUCAACUCCGAAUCCAACGGCCACGAUUGAUUUCCAAGGCACCUUGCUCGGAAUCAAACCGGCUCCGAUCGUAGCUUCGUUUUCAGGCAGAGGAUUAAACGGUUUGGACCCGAACAUUCUCAAACCCGACUUGAUCGCGCCAGGUGUGAACAUACUAGCCGCGUGGACCGACGCAAUUGGCCCGUCCGGAUUAGACUCCGAUACCCGAAGGACCGAAUUCAGCAUACUCUCCGGUACUUCAAUGGCUUGUCCUCAUGUAAGUGGCGCAGCGGCCUUGCUUAAAUCGGCUCAUCCUAAUUGGAGCCCCGCCAUGAUUCGGUCUGCAUUGAUGACCACCGCGAAUGUCCUCGAUAACCGAAACCAGCCGAUGAUGGAUGAGGCCAAUGGCAAACCAUCCACGCCGUAUGGUUUCGGUGCGGGGCAUGUGAACUUAGGACAAGCUAUGGAUCCUGGCUUAGUUUAUGAUAUCACCAAUGUCGAUUAUGUCAACUUUUUGUGUGGAGUUGGAUACGGUCUCAAGGAAAUUCAGAUCAUAACUAAAUCAGUUGCUAGAUGUCCUAGGAAGAAGCCGUUAGCGGAAAAUCUUAACUACCCGUCAAUUGCGGCGUGGUUUUCGAGCGCGAAGGUUGGGGCGAUCAGUAAGAAUUUUCUGAGGACUGUUACCAAUGUGGGUGAAGUGAAUGCUGUUUACACUGUCAAAGUUGAGUCUCCGAAGGGUGUGACGAUUGUCGUGAAGCCGACGAAGUUGGCUUUCACGGCUGCAGUGAAGAAGCUGAGCUAUGUUGUGACUGUAACGACUGAUAGCAAGAAUUUAGUGCUGGAUGACUCGGGUGCGGUGUUCGGGUCGAUUUCUUGGUCCGAUGGAGUGGGAAAGCAUGUUGUUCGGAGCCCCAUUGUGGUUACACUGUUAACUCCUUUGUAAGAGGUUUUGAUCAUGAAUAGAAAAAAAAAAGUUGCAGGUGUAGAAAGACUACAAGUCGUUACGCCUAGUAGUUUUUUUUUUUUUUUUUUUUUUUUUAAUGGGUUUUUGUUUUGAAUGUAGAACUAGGACUAGGAAGUGCCUAGAACUGGUUUUUCAGGGUGGUGUAGUGUGUAAUUUCCUUUAAUUUUUAUAAUUUUUGUUUUUUUUUUUUUUUUUUAACAGAUGUUGUGUAUUUAAUAUUUAUAGACUUUGAGGACGACUAUAUAUGAUACUCAAAUGUCAUAAGUCAUAACUUGUCUAUGUAAUGAAACUAUUAUAGCAGAACAAAAUUGUUCAUAA